AGACGGCGGGGUGAACCGGAACCGGAAAUGGCUGCGAGGUGGCUGCUGCUGGCGCUCCUCGUCGCCCACGCCGCGGCUCUUCCUGAUUUCAUUAGGAUAGGCGGGCUGUUCCAUCCGUCGGACGACAAGCAGGAAGUGGCCUUUCGCUAUGCCGCGGAGAAAAUCAACGCCAACCGGGACAUCCUGCCCAAGUCUCGACUCAGCGCCCAGGUCGAGGUGAUACAGCCGCAGGAUAGCUUCCACGCCUCGAAACGAGUGUGCCAUUUGCUGCGCGGCGGAGUGGCGGCGAUUUUUGGCCCGCAGAGCGCGCACACGGCGUCUCACGUGCAGAGCAUUUGCGACACCAUGGAGAUUCCGCACUUGGAGACACGCUGGGACUACCGGAUCCGGCGGCAGAGCUGCCUCGUCAACCUCUAUCCGCACCCGACCACUCUGUCCAAGGCGUACGUCGAUUUGGUGAAGGCCUGGGGCUGGAAGAGUUUCACCAUUAUCUACGAGAACAACGAGGGGCUCGUGCGAUUGCAGGAACUUCUGAAAGCGCACGGACCCAGCGAAUUUCCCAUUACGGUCAGACAGCUGAGCGAGGGAUCGGAGUAUCGACCGAUGUUGAAGCAGAUCAAGAACUCCGCAGAGUCGCACAUCGUGCUGGACUGCUCCACCGAGAGGAUCUACGACGUGUUGAAGCAGGCGCAGCAGAUCGGAAUGAUGAGCGACUAUCACAGCUACCUUAUCACCUCUCUGGAUCUGCACACCGUCGAUUUGGAAGAAUUCAGACACGGCGGGACCAAUAUCACCGCUUUUCGAUUAGUGGACCCGGAGAAGCCGGAAAUUCAGAAGGUAAUUCAGGACUGGAUCUACGGCGAGAAGCGCUAUAAUCGCGAGCUCGAUAUGGGACAGAACAGCAACAAGAACAACCUCACCACCAUAAAGACUGAAACAUCCCUAUUGUACGACGCGGUCUAUCUCUUCGCCAAGGCGCUGCACGAUCUGGACACGUCCCAGCAAAUUGAUAUCAAGCCGUUAUCCUGCGAGUCAACUGACACUUGGCCUCAUGGAUAUUCGCUCAUUAACUACAUGAAGAUCGUGGAGAUGACAGGACUCACGGGUAUCAUCAAGUUCGACCACCAAGGUUUUCGUUCCGACUUUAUGCUAGACAUCAUCGAGCUGAAUAGCAAAGAAGGCUUGAAGAAAAUAGGCACCUGGAAUAGUACCAAGGGUAUCAACUUUACAAGGAGCUACGGCGACGUUUACACUCAGAUAGUUGAAAACUUGCAGAAUAAAACUUUCAUCGUGACGACCAUACUGAGCGCGCCGUACUGUAUGCGGAAGGACUCGAGCGAGAAGCUCACCGGAAACGCGCAAUUCGAAGGCUACAGCGUCGACUUGAUUUACGAGAUAUCGCGGCUGCUUGGAUUCAAUUAUACGUUCCGGCUUGUGCCGGACGGACGUUACGGCUCGUUCAACAAGCAGACGAAGGAAUGGGACGGGAUGAUGAAGGAGCUGCUCGAUCAGAAGGCCGAUCUCGCGAUCGCCGAUCUCACCAUCACAUACGACCGGGAACAGGUUGUCGACUUCACGAUGCCGUUCAUGCCUUUAGGGAUCAGCAUACUUUACCGCAAGCCCAUAAAGCAACCACCGAAUUUGUUCUCGUUCCUCAGCCCUCUCAGCCUCGACGUAUGGAUCUACAUGGCGACGGCUUAUCUCGGGGUCUCCGUGCUUCUCUUUAUACUAGCCAGGUUCAGCCCCUACGAGUGGGAGAACCCCCAUCCGUGCAACGGGCAGUCCGAGGUCCUCGAGAACGAGUUCACCCUGCUGAACUCGCUCUGGUUCACCAUAGGCUCGCUCAUGCAGCAAGGCUCCGAUAUAGCGCCGAAGGCCGUGUCGACACGCAUGGUCGCGGGUAUGUGGUGGUUCUUCACCUUGAUCAUGAUCUCCUCGUAUACGGCUAAUCUGGCGGCUUUCCUCACCGUCGAGAGGAUGGAUUCCCCGAUCGAGAGCGCCGAAGAUCUCGCCAAGCAGACGAAGAUCAAGUACGGUGCUCUCAAAGGCGGGAGCACGGCGGCCUUCUUCAGGGAUUCCAAUUUCUCGACGUACCAACGCAUGUGGUCCUUCAUGGAUUCAGCGAAACCGACGGUAUUUACAUCGAGUAACGUCGAGGGCGUGGAUCGAGUGAUCAAGGGUAAAGGCAGUUACGCAUUCCUGAUGGAAUCCACCUCCAUCGAAUACGUAAUCGAGAGGAACUGCGACCUCACUCAAGUCGGCGGUCUCUUGGAUUCCAAGGGAUACGGAAUAGCCAUGCCGCCAAACUCGCCGUACAGAACGGCCAUAAGCGGGGCCAUCCUGAAGCUUCAGGAGGAAGGGAAGCUUCACAUGCUGAAGACGCGCUGGUGGAAGGAGAAGCGAGGCGGCGGCUCUUGCAGGGACGACACGUCGAAGAGCAGCUCGGCGGCGAACGAGCUCGGCCUGGCGAACGUCGGCGGCGUCUUCGUGGUGCUUAUGGGCGGGAUGGGCGUCGCCUGCGUGAUCGCGGUCUGCGAGUUCGUGUGGAAGAGCCGGAAGGUCGCGAUCGAGGAACGGAAGCAGAAAUCGUCGGGGAAACCGAUCUGCGAAGGUUUUACUGAUCUGCACUAGCGACGGUAUGCGCUGCGCUACGAAAACAGAUUCUUAAACUCAAGCCGUACCUCAAUGCGUAUCCGAUCCGAGUUCAGUGGACCUAAGGAAGAACUCCAUCACGAGUGACCGAACACUGUGUAAAGAUCGUAAAAUUAUAGGGACAAAUAAACUAAUCGGACACAGGAGAAGCAACGAGCCUUGACCUUUCCAAUUUUCCUCCACCCCCCGAGACUUUCUAAAACGCAUCGAUACUACUUACUACCCCGACUAUUCCGACGAGACGGCUCAAGAAUAGUAAAAUUCCUCCUCGUCGAGUGUCGGUGCUUGAAAUAAAAAUACGAAAAUAUUCGAUAUUCCGCAGAACGCGCCGAUCAACAACCAUCCUUAUCGGAGUCAAGCAGCUCUUCGCUCUUCUCUUUUUCAUCGGGAAUAAAUUAUUGAAAUUCGAUAGAAUCGAAGCGGUAUUGUCAAUUUUUCAUCAGAAUCGAUGAAUUAUUACGACGCGUGCAAUAAUCCGAAUCGAAAUGUGAGUGAUGAUAAAAAGAAAGAAGAGAGAAAAAGAUUGGAAAGGUCAACGUGUUUGCCAUUUGCUCAUAUCAAAACUUAGAUUAAUGAAUGAAGACUUGAAAGCCUCGCAGCAGAAAAGGGCCAGAUACCCUGCUCCUCGCGAAGUCGCAAACGUCUCGAUCAAAAUACCGAAUACCAACGUCCCGCAGUGUUCACAACUGAAUUAUAGUGCUGCGGUACGACACGAGAACCUUUGAGAACAAUCACGAUUUUAUACCGGCUAGAUAGUGAAUGUAUAGUGUGCCAGGUUAAAAGAAAGAAGGAGAAGAAAAAAAAAAUGUUUUACUGUAAAUAAUGUGUAGCUGUCAAGCCAAAUGCGAUCGUAUGUGUGCGCGAAAUCCGUUCGCUUCUCGAGACGACGAUGGCUUUAUAAUCGAUUAUCGAAGAGGAGCAAAUGGAUUCGUUCGAGAAAUGCCACACGGUGUUUCUCCAUUUUUUUCCCGCACCUGCCGUACAUUCCAUUAAUUAAAAUGAUUUUUUCUAAGUAAAAAUUUAACGAUAAAAGCACGCGAUGUUAGAUCGCGUAAGACGAUACACACGUUCGAGGAACGUCAUUUUUCUAUCCAUAUGCUCCCUUCGUCACAAUGUAAAAUAUUUCCGAUUCAUGCAGAAGAAGCACGCGGAUUCCGAAAAGUUAGCGAACAGACGGAUACCUCUCGAGGCGAGGUCACUGUUGUACGAACAAUGCGUUUUCGAAAUGUUGCAAUUAUUCGUAGUUGUGUGAGCAAAGUUGAAAGGGCGCGCGUUUAGUAUGACAUUGUUAGUUGUGUCGCAAUGUUUCUUGCUUCUCUCCUGUCAUUGGAUUCAUAGGAGGUGAGUUCAUUAUUUACGUCUACUCUCACUGCCACUCUAUUAUAAUGCGAAUUAAUUCGCGUAACCGAAGAGGAUCAUACAGAUUCGAUCAUUCGACGGUCAUCGCGAUUUUACGAUCUGAUCUUGACGUUAAAGAAAUAUCGAAGCACUUCUUGGUUUCAUCUAUAUUUAUCAUUGCAUGCACAAGCUCGACCGAGGUUUUUUCUGAGACACCUAAAAUCGUUUCACCCCGCGGUAAAAUCUCUCAUCUUUAAUCGUUUUUCCAUCGUCGUGUUUAACAGCGCGCUUAAAUGAAGUAGCAGUCUUUCAGCUCAAACAUUUUCGGGCGAAAGUUACCUCUCGUCGACGGAACUUUCGACCGCCUCUUUGCAAGCGAAGUAGAAAUUAAUGUCCAGACUCGGCGCAGGGAGUUUGAGCUGCACGACUCGAUCACAAGUACGUGGAACACUUCGCAAUCGUCUUUUCGUCGAACUUUCAGAAGUCCGCGUGCUCGGAAGUGGCGAGCGAAUUGCGA